AAAAUGGCGUCUCUUUGAUGCAGUCACUUAGUUGGCACCGCAAGGAUGAAGGAAGAGAAGACGCCGUCAGUGGUGGAAGUGCAGCACCAGAUCCGCGCUAACGCGUCGCAGCUGCAGGAUUACUUUUCGGACUUGUAUGCUUGGGAGAAAGCAAUCCACAAGGAAGACUCGGCGCGCAAACGGGCGGCGAAAACUGCGAAGAGCCCAACAGCGAUCGCUGCUCCACCGCCGCGGACAGCAACAAUCAUCGGUGUUGACAGUAAUGGAGAGAAAGUAAGCACAGCCAACGAGAAGAAACUUGAUGCACACACUUACGACAAAGGAUACAAACGGUGGGAGAAAUUCGACGUGGACGCUGCAUUGAAAGAAGCGGACGAAGACGAAGGUAAUAAGCGACAGAACAAGCAACAAUCGGCGUCAGUUCAGGCUUCAGGUACUGGUCCAAGUCGGGUGACUGCAACGAGCAACAUUCCGGCCGCUUCGACCACUACAAAGACUCGGGAGGAGUUGGAGAAAGAAGAAGGCAACGCGCACUACAAGCGUGGUGACUAUGUGGCUGCGAUAAAGAGCUAUACACGCUGUCUGGGCUACAAUCCACAGAACGCAGUGGUGCUCUCUAACCGUGCCAUGGCGUACUUGAAGAAUCGCGAAUUUGCCAAUGCUGAAGACGACUGCACACUGGCACUAAAGUCUGACCCGGCCCAUGUCAAAUCGUACUCUCGUCGAGGAACUGCACGCAACGCGUUAGGAAAGCACCGACUAGCUCUGCUUGACUUCCAUCGAGCCGCUAUGUUGGAUCCGAAGAGUCGACAAAUCCAGACACAGUUGCAAUCUACUCGAAAUGUCAUUCGAACGGCUAUCAAACGCUCUCCAAAGCGAACGGAGUUCUCAAUUGAAGUCGUUGGCGAAAGCCCAAUGGCCAAGCAGACCCCAUCAGAGCACUACGAUGCGGAAAACAAGGAAAACGUUGGCUCACAACAACCUAAGACUUCUGAUACGAAGAAGAUAGCUCCCCCCAUGCAGCAAACAGCUUCAAUUUUACCGCCUUCUCCUGGAACUUUGUCUGUGGAAUCGACGGUCGAAAAGACGAAGAAAACGAGUUCAGCCAUUCUACCCAAGCUACCGAAGAAGGCACCUGCUAGUUCGUACGAGUUUGGGCGCGUAUGGAAGACUCUUGCGUUGCGUGGAGAUACAGAGCAGAAAAGUCAGUUGAUUAACUUACGCGCCGAAUAUCUGCGCAUGAUCGAUCCGCCGAGUCUGCGCACAGUUUUCAAAGCUGGGAUGGAAUCGGAUGUACUGUGUGAAAUCUUCCACACUCUCCGGCACGCCAUACUGUCCUCAUCAGGAGACACACCAGUGCCGAAGGAGGAUAGUUCGUUUACACUUGCCUUCGCCAACGAGCUCACGAAGGUACCACGCUUCAACAUGACGAUCAUGCUUCUGUCUGGUAACGAGAAAGAAGAUAUGGCUUGGGUAAUCAAGCGUUUGGGAGAAUUAUUGAAGGAUGACAACGACAACGAAAUGCAAGAAGUAGCUAAACUCAACAAAGUGUACGAGCUACUCUGAUACCAUAGCAAAGCAAUGCAUCAGUUGAUCUAACAAACGCGAGACAUUAUUUUCAUCAAUGAAGCGUUCUAUCCUCCGCC